AUGAGUGAUACAACCCUAAAUGACUGGCAGGAUUAUCGAUAUUGGUGUAAAUUGUGUGGUAGUUUUGAUGCCACAUUAACACCUGACAAGGAAAUUCAAGAAAUUAUACAUCAAAUAAUUGAACCAUCGGCCUAUGAAAUAUUAAUAUGUCUAGAUUGUGGAAGUGUCUUAAACACAUAUCAUGAGUUUAGAAUGAAAGCCAAGCACAUCCAACAAAUGUUUGGAGAGAUGUAUGGAAAUAAGUGUUUAGAUGAAAUUAAUUCAAUUAGAUCUCGCUAUAAUCUAGAGCUCGGAACUAUAAUUGAAGAGAAUCAUGAUAAUAGUUUUGGGCAGAUUCAUUUAAUUGUCAAGGAUGAAUGUGAUAUUAUGAAUGAAAGUAUAGAAAUUGAUGAUUCAGAGAUAAUUGAACAGGAAGUAAUAGAAGAAGAAUUCAUUAUUGAGGAGCAUUUAGAACAGGCUGAUGUCAAAGAUUUCAAUAUUAUAGACUCAAACAAGGUUCUUAAGAAACCAUCAAUUAAUAAAACCGAUUUAGAGAAGCUUUAUCAUUUUAAAUGUCAUGAAUGUAAUGAAGAAUUCAUGAAAAUGCAUCCACUAUCUGUUCACUGCAAACAGGAACAUAAUACAAAGCCACAAGUUGAAUGUUUGUGUGGUAAAAAGUUAAGCACUUGGAAACGAUUAAUGGAUCACAAAGCAAGACAUUUCAAAGAUGAAAAUCCAUUCAAUUGUUUGGAGUGUAACUUACAUUAUAAGACAAUAGCUGCUUAUGAGAAGCAUUUAGAGAAGAAACAUGGCGAGAAUGCUGAAAAGUUUAUUUGUUCACAAUGUGGAAGGAGCUUUAAAGAGAAACAAAUUCUGAAAAAUCAUGAAAGAGUUCAUUUACCAGAUGAACAGAAACUAAAAUAUCCUUGCUCGUACUGUGAUAAAAAAUUUGUGAAUAAUCAUUGCCUUAAAAUUCAUAUCGCAAGGAUACACGAGAGAGUUGCCUUCUUUUUCUGUGAGAUAUGUGGGAAAGGAUGCACAACUAAGUCAGACUUAUUAUGGCACAUGGACAAGCAUACACAGGAACGAAACUUUUCUUGCGAAAUUUGCUCAUUGAAAUUUAAAAGCUCAAAUUCACUUAGAAUCCACAAACGUCGUCAUAUGGCAGUCGAAGCAACAAAACCCUGUCCAAUUUGUGGAAAGGAAUUUCGAUCAAGUGCCGCAUUAAGUAAUCACAAACUCGUACAUUCGAAUGAGAAAAAGCAUAAAUGUGUCUACUGUCCCAACUCGUACAAAAGGCUGGAAUCAUUAAAGUGUCACUUAUCAACUCACACUGGAAGUCGUCCAUUCUCAUGUCAAUGGUGUUCAAAGACGUUCGUAAAUUCAGCAAAUUGUCGAAAGCAUAAACUUAAGGAGCAUAAGGAUGAAGUCGAAGCAUACGAGGCAGUUCAUGGAAAGAAAGGCGUUUCCAUCUCAUUAAAAGAUUAA